CAUGGCCAAGGUCUGGGCAGGUUCUCGGAAAUCUUUGCCCCUCAAUGUGCCUGAGAGACAGCUGUUCCCACUUCACUGGGCCUCAGACAGACUUGGAAAUGAGUUUCCCCCGAUAAGAGGAUCCCCGAACUGUGGACCUGGCAGCUACGACACCUUUUCUCAAUACAGUAUAUCCGGUAACUUGGGAAAGAAGCCAGAGAGUAAAAUAGGAUAUACAUUGGGAGCAAGGACGGCGGCUCGAUUCUCGCCUGCAGUAGAGAGCAUAUCACCUGGCCCAGCAGUAUAUCAGAAAAGAUUUGGAAGAGGUCGUGGUUUCAAACCAUCAACUUCACCAUUUGGUUCCACAUCAAAAAGGAAUAAUGAGAGCUCAAGUAAACUUCAAGUUCCUGGUCCUGGUACAUAUGACCUCAACACACCAAGAAACAGACAUGUUACGUGGCCAAUGAAGUUUGAUGCUCCGGACUGGAGUUUAGUUGCUGCUCCUAAAAAGCGCACCUUACGGAUUGAGCUUGCUGGUGACAAGGAAUUCCGAAAACACAGAAAUAGAGUGGCAUAUUUCAGCUUAUACCACACUUGACGAUGUCAAAGACUGGAUGUUAAUACAACUGUCAUGAAUUAUCAUUCACUACACCAUCAUUUGUACCAUUUGUGGAUCACAGAAUGGUCUUUUAUAAUGUUGUCCACAACAUAAUGAGAUUAUUUGUCAGUGUAAUAGAUCUCAUUAAACAAAUACAACUUAGUGAAUGUUAUCUUUCAUAGUUAGUAAACAGUUCACUGUGUCAAUUGCA